UGGUAAUGCAAAUAUAAUUAUUGAGUUAGAUAAAGAUGAAAAUAACAGUAAUAUUAUUAAAGUAUCUCAAUUAACAUUAGAUAAUGCUUUAUUUGUUCAAGGAAGAGAAAUUACACUUUUAGAAAAAAGAAUUCAACUUGAAGAGAAGCUUUAUGAAACUGUUAGAAAAAGAAUUCAAUUUGAAAAUUAA